CCAUGUAAAAGUAUCUUUUCUUUGCAAUAAGAGUAAAUAGUAAUUAUAUGCUAUCUAUACUUUGUAUUGGCAGUAUUCUCAGAAUUUUUUUUCAUUAACAGAAUGCAAGAAUAUCAUGGAGUGUAAAUGAUUAUAUUUAUUACAAUUAUUAAAUGGAUGCUGCCUUAUUCUGAGAAUAAAAAUCCUCCCUACACCUUCCCCUAACCCUACCUAAUAAACACAUUUAAUAUUAUUAAACACUCGUUUGUAGUUUAUUUCCACAUUAUUUUCAUUUUUAUUGUGUAAAUAAACACUCCGAAAAAGCAUACUGACCUCAAACUUUUGAACUAUCGAUAUAAAGAUAAACGCAGUUGCAGACUUUAAUGCUGGUCAUUUUCAAAUUGAUUAAUUCAUUUCUAAUGGCUUAUAAAUGAAAGAUUCCUUAUUAUGUCUUAGAGAAGAAAUAGAAUGUUUUUAUAGGUUUGAACAUUUCUAAAGAGAAUACAAAAGAAACACAGUCUAGUGUUGCACCAGCCAAACCCUGAGCCCAUGUGCGUGUUUGUGUUUCAGCACCGGUGUUUUCUAAAGCACAGUUCACGGUCGAGUGCAGCAGGAGUAAUUUUGUGUCCUAACACCUCCGUAGUGUCCGGGCAGCAGCGAGAGUCACCUCUGUGCCUCAUUAAGCUGGAAUUCAGAUCAAUAUUACGACUAAUAUCGGAAACACGAGAGCGUCUGAGUAGGAGUGUUAAGUUUGUGUAAAUUUCUCCUCUCAGAGUUAAUGGAUAGAGUCACAAACGGAUGGUAGGCGAUCUCAUUAGAAGUAAUUAGUGUCAAUCUGGAAAAAUAAUAGCAGAGUAAUGAAAAAGAUCAUUCUUUUAGUUUAAAAUGAGGCAUGUGUGGAGUUUAUAAUCAGCGGUUUGCCGCAUGUGUGCAGACUCUGCUCUCACAGCUUUGCACAACUGAAUUUAUUCGGACAUCAUUAUAAAUAGAGGCGGCAAAAAAGAUUAAUUUUACUGUCUGAUUCUGCUCAUGCCGUUUGGCAGAACACUGGUUAAGGUAGAAGAAUGACAGAACAGAACAGAAGAUUUUAAUUUCUAAAGGUCAGGAAGCCAGAAAUCUCUCAAAAGAAACAAAGCAAUACGUCUUUGUCGACAGACAGAAAAAAAAAAAAGAAAGAAAAACAAGAAAAGGGAUUUUGUUGUGCAGCUGAGGGAUUUGCCUGAAAUCAUGAGAUAUUUGAAUGUUAUUAAAUGUGUUUUCUUAACUUACUAAGCUUUUUCUGUGUCUUAUGGCAAGCAGCAAAAAUUGGCUUGAUUAAAGUGGGAAUUAGAGAGCAUGAAAACGCCAAAAAUUGUUUUUGAGGCAGCCUGUGUUUUUACCCAGUGGGGGCGUUUUUUUCACAACUGUGAGGAUAAAAAAAAAAAAAAAAAUCUGUUGCUGUUUCAGUUCGUUCUGAACCGGUCAGAGUCUCACAGGACACGAUCUUGUUAAAACCCUUGUAAGAAGGUUGUUUUCUGCAUCUGUGGCUUUCUUCGCUCAGAAACAACCUGAAACUCGCUUUUUACAUGUUCUGAAGAAAAUGGUUCAUCAGUGUUCAAACCAAACCAGCAUGACCGCUUUACGACCAAAUCUAUUCUGAUUGAAGCUGUUCACCUAAAAUUUGCACCAAGAACUGCUCUUCAGUCAAAAAUAUCUCCUAAGCACAUGCCAAAGUGCUUUUAGCUUCGACCUUGUUAUCCGCCAGUGACAUCAGCCAACGCCGUGCAGACUUUCAGUGUGAAUCUACGAGUGACCGCCAGCACCAUGUGGACUGUUUCCAACCAUGGCGGUCGUGCGCAAAAAGAUGAGAAGCCUUUCACCUUCACAAUGUGUGUUAAAACAUUUACAGUGCUUUAUGAAUGUGCAAAGCAAAUUGGAGGUUUGCAGAGCGUUUUGACACCUUCACACAUCGAUGCAUUGAUGCACAUCUAAAACAGAUCACUCAUGCAUCAAACCUCAUGCCUGGAAAUUACAGACAAACCUCUUUUGUACCCUAAUAAAUCACGCAAAUUGCAACAACGCCUUUUGUGCUAUUCUCAUUGUUCUCUCAGAUGUUGCAGCUGCACUUGGUUAUGAACAUGUCAAAACAUCCUUCGAAUUUAUGACUUUAUGACAAAAGAACCUGACAUUCUCCUCAGCAUAAUAUGUUUAGUUCCCCAUGUUUGUUUCUUCACCCACAGCGAUUUUCCACGAACAUGCUUCAUUAAAAGCCCAUCUAGGGCAUUGAGAAAUGAGAUCGCUUAAGUCCCGUUCCCUCAGAGCUCUACUGGAAAUGCUCUGAUUUUCUUGUACCACGGCCAACGCAGUAGAACAGUUUUCAACUUUUCCUUGGAUACAAUCGGAUAUUAAGGUGCAAACUGAACUGGAUACCACCUGGCUCACAAUCAGACCAUUAUUAAAUGCCUGGACGUCUUAAACAGAUGGUUCCCUUCAAAGACAACAUGACCCCGGAGUCAUUCUCCGAGAACUGCAGCAACUGCAGCCAAGUUCUCACCCCGGAGCUGAACGUCACGAAAGCCGUCGUUCUGGGAAUGGUGUUGGCGAUCUUCAUCGUUUUUGGCGUUCUGGGCAACAUCCUGGUUAUCCUCUCAGUGGCUUGCCACCGUAAUCUACGCACGGUUACGCAUUACUUCAUCGUGAACUUGGCGGUCGCGGACCUUCUGCUGAGCUCCACGGUUCUUCCCUUCUCCACGGUCUUUGAGAUGCUGGGUCGUUGGGUCUUCGGACGGACUUUUUGUGAUGUUUGGGCGGCCAUGGACGUGCUUUGCUGCACGGCAUCCAUCAUGAGCUUGUGCGUGAUCUCGGUGGACCGCUAUAUUGGCGUUAGCUAUCCUCUGCAGUACCCGUCCAUCAUGACGGAGCGACGAGCUUUGCUCGCGUUAAUAGUUCUGUGGGCUCUAUCAAUCACCAUCUCCAUUGGACCUCUUUUCGGCUGGAAGGAACCGGCGCCAGAUGACGAAUCCAUAUGCAAGAUAACCGAGGAACCCGGCUAUGCCAUCUUCUCCGCCUUGGGGUCCUUCUACCUCCCAUUGGUGGUGAUUCUCUCAAUGUACUGCCGCGUGUACGUGGUCGCAAAGAGGGAGACUCGAGGACUGAUUAGUGGACAGAAAACGGAAAAGUCCGAUCAUGCCGCGGAGGGCGUAACCUUGAGGAUACACCGUGGGAACACGACGGUGUCCGAGGAUGAGGCCUUGCGUAACCGGACAAACUUCACGCUACGUCUGCUCAAGUUCUCACGGGAAAAAAAGGCCGCUAAGACCCUGGGCAUCGUGGUCGGAUGCUUUGUCCUUUGUUGGCUUCCGUUUUUCCUGGUUCUUCCGAUCAGUUCCAUCUUCCCGACGUACAGACCCUCGGACACAGUCUUCAAGAUAACGUUUUGGCUGGGCUAUUUCAACAGCUGCAUCAACCCCAUCAUCUACCCCUGCUCCAGUCAGGAGUUUAAGAAAGCCUUCCUGAGUGUGUUGGGCGCACGCUGCCUCCGCAAGAGAUCCACGCCAUCCCACCAGCUGUACCAGAGCCAUAGUCCGCGGCACGGCCAGUCUCAGAUCCUCGGCCUGACGAGCCGUGACAAUCCAUCCCGCCUGAGCCCAUCCUCUUCCAUAGUGCUGUCUCGCAGCCCUUCCUCCAGGGACGGCCGGGACUGGCAGGCCCCUUCCCGGACCUCGUCGGUGGGGACGACCGGGGUCAGCACCGGGGUGAGCGUGGGAGCGAAAGUGGCGGGAAUGUGUGGUAAGAACCUGCUGAGGACGUGCUGCUGCGUGAUAAUGGAUUCGCCGCAGCCCGAGCCACCCGCGCACAACUCGCUUCCCGUCAUCAAAAUCCAUCAGCUCUCGCUGUGUGAGGACGGGGAUGCGGUGUGAAUGAGCAGCACACUGGGGAAAUCACUCUAAGGAGACUCACGCUGGCUGCGAUGCCAUUUUGCCACUUGAGUCUCAGACUCGAGAACACAAACUGAUGAACAAAAACCAGACUCUCUGAACUUAAACGAUCUGCGCUGGGAACAAUGAAAGCUGCUGCAAAGCUGUUGAUGCUUUUUAAAGGCACAGUUUACCAGUGAAUGAACACUGUCUUUAUUUACUCACCCUCAUGUUGUUCUAAACCUGUCGAAUGACAGUCGAUGAGUUGAAACGAAUGAGAUUUUGCAGCUUCAAUGGAGGGAAAUGCAUAAUGUCUUAACCCUGUAAAGCCUGAUGAUGAGAUCAUAGUCAGAAAAAUCUAAUUUUUGAGAUGGAACAGUUUAUUUAGCAAAAUCAAAAAAAAAAGUUUGCAUAUGUGUUUUAUGUUUUGAAUCAUAUGUGAUACAUCAGGCUUUUAUGGUUCAUACUGAGAAUUAUUGAGUUCAUAAUUGAGGAGGAAAAAACUCCUUAUUUAAUUCAGACGCCCAAACCGAGCAAAAAUAUUCAAUGAUGACAUUUAUAUGACCAAAAAGUAAGAUGGAAUUCUGAUGCUUGUAAUGUAAAUCAGUGAGAUCUUUAUAACAGUAAUCAAACUACUUACAUAAAAUGCA